AUGACGGACGACGAGCUCAUCGCGUCGGGAACGAUCAUGGACGCCACACGGCUCGCCGCGGUCUGCGCCAAGAUCGACGAGUACGCCGCCGGGGGAGCGCCCAUGAGCGGCAACAGAAUCUCGGCCAUCUGCGCUAUGAUCGACGACGGCGCCGCCGCUCCCAAGCACCGCAGGAAUAUGAGGCGGCGGCGGCUGUGCGUGGACAGCACCCGCAGCUACAAGCAGAUAGGCGAGAUCGGCAAUGGCAGUUUCGGCGCCGUCAUCAAGGCACGCCACCGCAAGACCGGUCUGACCGUCGCCAUUAAGAAAUUCCGAAGGCGAGGAGAUGGCAAGAAAUCCCCCGACGUCCGCAAAGUGCUGCGGGAGGCCUGCUUCCUGGCGGCAUGCGGCGGCCACCCCAACCUCGUCGGGCUCCACGCCGUGGCACGCGACCCGUGCACCAAGGAGUACUCCGUCGUCAUGGAAUACGUCGGGCCGAGCCUGCGCCACGCCCUGAAGGAGCACCUGCGCGUCCACGGCGCCCCGUUCCCGGAGGCCGACGUGCGCCGGGUCAUGAGGCAGCUCCUGACCGGCGCCGAGGCGAUGCACUCGCGCCGCAUCAUCCAUAGUCCCUGCUUCGGAGGUAGGCGCCCGCGCCACGGAGUCGUCGACACAGAUAGCAUGGUCUAUCGUGCUGGUGCUGAAAAGUGUCUGGGCAUUUUUGAGGAAGAUGGCAUUGCCAUUAAUCAGGUUGCCCCACCAAUUGUUUCUAAGAUAAACUGGCAUUAA